AUGGCUUUGUCCGUCUCCAGCCUGCUCUCCAGCGAAGCGUACGAGCACCGGACCUGCGGCAUGCAUCGGGACCUGCUGGCAGAGGUCCGAGUGGCCAUGAAAGCGCUGCCGGACACGGAGAAGGCGCAGGAGCUCUGCCAGAAAGUCUUGGGCAUGCUUCCCGGAUCCAAUGCAGCUGUUCUCCUGUCACCGGCCAUGGGCAAGCCUUUUGCAGAGGCAUCACGAGGGAACGAUCCGACUUUAAUCGUAUGGCUCCUGCCCGACCCAGCCGACGUCGACUCCAAGCAAACCACGUUUGUCAAGACCGGCAUUGAGAACUUCGAAGAGACCUUCCAAGCGAUGUACAAGCUGUGCCCCAAACCCUGA